AGCACAUAACCUCACACAUUUAAAAUGUAAUUCUUUAAAAUUCAAUUAUAAAUUGUUUAAAUAUUGAAUAUGGAAGUGCUCAAAGAAUGUUCAGCAUAUUUAAGCAAUUAUGAAGUUUUGAAUAUUCUGCAAAGUAUAAAAGCAAAUAAAAAACAAAAGAUGAAACAAAACCAAUUGGCAAGUAUAACAUAUCAGACUAUAAGAUAUUUAGAAAAGACCCCAUGUAAUAGACAAUCACCCGAAAAAAUUAGAGAUUUUUUAAAAGCAAUGGAACCAUUCAAGCUGACAAAGUGUGAAAAAUUAACUCUUUUAAACAUGUGUCCUAAAACACCUCUUGAAAUACAACUGAUUGUAGAAGAUAGUGAAGAUCGUUUAACUGACGAAGAAGUAGAUUCUUUACUUCAAGUAGUAGCAAAUUAUUUAGGUGAAGAUGAACAAGAUGGGUAA